AAGAAAAAGCGGAAGAAGGAAGCAACGCACAGUGUAGGCUGGGACUGCACUGCAAUGCAACAUCUGAUGGACGUUUUGAUUCUCGCGGCCUCCUUCACGUUCUUCUGCUGAGUAAAAAAGCAAUCUCACGGAAGAGAAGAGAGAGAGAGAGAGAAAGCAAAAGGGGAAAGAGAUAUACCAAAAGAAGGAAGAGGAGAGAGAAAUCCAAACAUAAAAAAAGAUUGGUUUGGUGUUGUUGCCUUCGUCUAGUCUCAUUCCUAGCACCAACCUUUCUUUCAUCUCAACUCAACCUUCCUUUUCAAAUACCAUGCUCUUCUCUCCCUCCUCUUCCACUCCCCCGCUCAUGGCUCUGCACUUCCUCUCUCUCCUCUUUUUCCUCUCUCUCUCCUCUGCUUCUCAGCCUCGCAAUCCCGAAGUGGUGGCUUUGAUGAACAUAAAAGCAGCUCUCAAUGAUCCUCACGGCGUCUUGAAUAACUGGGAUGAAUACUCCGUCGACGCUUGCAGUUGGGCCAUGAUCACUUGCUCUUCCGAUGACCUUGUCAUAGGCUUUGGAGCGCCUAGCCAAUCUCUCUCCGGCACUUUCUCUCCGGCAAUCGGAAAUCUAACAAAUCUUCGACAAGUAUUGCUGCAGAAUAACAAUAUCUCAGGCAAUAUACCACCGGAACUUGGAGCGCUUCCCAAGCUUCAGACAUUAGACCUUUCCAAUAACCGAUUCUCAGGGGUGAUUCCUGCAUCUCUUAGUCAAUUGAAUAGUCUCCAGUACCUGAGGCUCAACAACAAUAAUUUGUCCGGAUCCUUUCCCGAGUCACUGGCAAAAACCCCACAGCUUGCUUUCUUGGACCUGUCUUAUAACAAUCUCAGUGGACCAUUACCUAAGUUCCCAGCCAGGUCAUUCAAUAUUGUGGGCAACCCAUUAGUUUGUGGGAGCAGCACUACUGAAGGUUGCUCUGGGUCAGCGACCCUAAUACCAAUUUCCUUCUCGCAAGUGUCAUCAGAAGGAAAACACAAAUCCAAAAAACUAGCAAUAGCACUUGGGAUCAGUCUUAGUUGUGCUUCUGUCAUCCUCCUGCUUGUUGGGCUAUUUUGGUAUAGAAAGAAACGACAGCUGGGAGCCAUCCUGUAUAUCAGUGAUUACAAGGAAGAAGGAGUUCUUAGCUUGGGAAAUCUAAAGAAUUUCACUUUCAGAGAGCUUCAACAUGCAACGGAUAAUUUCAGCUCCAAGAAUAUACUUGGUGCUGGAGGCUUUGGCAAUGUCUAUAGGGGGAAGUUUGGAGAUGGCACGAUGGUGGCGGUGAAAAGGUUGAAAGAUGUUAAUGGCAGUGCUGGCGAAUCACAGUUCCAAACAGAGUUGGAGAUGAUCAGCUUGGCAGUUCAUCGCAAUUUACUUCGCUUAAUUGGCUAUUGUGCUACUCCUAAUGAAAAACUUUUGGUUUACCCUUAUAUGUCUAAUGGCAGUGUGGCCUCCAGGCUUAGAGGCAAACCAGCUUUAGAUUGGAACACUAGAAAGAGGAUUGCAAUUGGAGCUGCCAGAGGCCUUCUGUAUUUGCACGAGCAAUGUGAUCCAAAGAUAAUACACAGAGACGUGAAGGCCGCCAAUGUGCUUCUGGAUGACUAUUGUGAGGCUGUUGUUGGAGAUUUUGGCCUUGCAAAGCUCCUUGACCACGCUGAUUCCCAUGUCACCACUGCUGUCCGUGGCACUGUUGGGCACAUUGCACCUGAGUACCUCUCCACCGGCCAAUCAUCUGAGAAAACAGAUGUAUUUGGGUUUGGCAUUCUCUUGUUAGAGCUCAUAACCGGAAUGACAGCACUCGAGUUUGGGAAAACGGUGAAUCAAAAAGGUGCUAUGCUAGAGUGGGUUAGGAAAAUACUACAUGAAAAGAAGGUUGCAGUGUUGGUGGACAAAGAGCUAGGAAACAAUUAUGAUAGAAUAGAGGUGGGGGAGAUGCUGCAAGUUGCUUUACUGUGUACUCAAUAUUUGACAGCCCACCGCCCUAAAAUGUCUGAAGUGGUUCGAAUGCUAGAAGGUGACGGGCUUGCUGAGAAGUGGGCAUCAUCACAUAAUUACGGUAAUCACGACAUGAACCCCAGCCACAGCAACAAUAGUUGCAAUAGUUCAUCCCUCCCUAUCUCUGCUUCCAAACAUGAUGAUGAUGUUCAUGACCGUUCCAGCAUGUUUGGCAUGACAGUGGAUGAUGAUGAUGAACAGUCUUUGGAAUCCUAUGCCAUGGAACUCUCUGGUCCUAGAUAAACAAUAAAUGGGGAAAGGAAAACAGGAAGAAGAUAGAAAAGGAGACAAAAGGAGUUAUAUUGGUCAUGAAUCUUAAAUUAGUUAGUUUUGGUUAUUCUAGGAUAAUAUAAUUAAAUCAAAUGUAUAUAUAUUCCAAAAAGUUUUGUCAUAUUGGGUCUGUGUUGUAAAUAAAGAGGUUAGUACCAGUGCAGUUGUACUCGUGUUCCUGUGUAUUUGGGUGCAAAAUAUAUUUAUAAUGGUGGAAAAUGUGGUAGGUGGGUGCGCAAUACGCACAUUAGACUUUUUAUAGGGUUGGACAGGGAACAUCAUCAGAUUCUUUGCUGUGGAGUGUGAAGCAGCAGAGACAAGAGGGUGUGUUCCGCAGAAUGAUAUUUGACUGAAGAUGAAGAUGGGCAUGCAUAUCUCGUAGAGUCCUCUCACAUGUCUUGUUCAUGUAUGUUCAAACUUAGAAGUAUGAGUGUGUGAUGGUCACAGUCCGAGCUUUUGAGCUGUUAGAGGUCAUUGUCAAUCUGAUGCUUUGCAGGGUCACGCUUGCUCUUUUUCUCCAUUUAGUGUCUUUUCGUGUGUUCUUUUUUACCUUUCUGUCUGUCUUUGCUACUCCUAUAGUAUAGUGUUGGAAAUUUUCCUUUUUCUCCC